UUUAUAUGAAAUUAUCUAAGCUUUAGCUAUAAAAGGAGAAACGGAGAUGCAUCAGGAAUACACUAAAUUGCUGUUGUGAAGAGGGCUCUUGAAGUUUACCAAGGCUUAGAGAUGUGAAUGUGUUGGUUGAUGUUGGAGGAGGAGUUGGAAACACACUCGGUGUUGUUACUUCUAAGUAUCCAAAUAUUAAGGGUAUCAACUUUGAUCUGACUUGUGCCUUAGCACAAGCACCUUCUUACCCUGGGGUGGAACAUGUCGUGGGAGAUAUGUUCGUGGAUGUUCCAAAAGGAGAUGCCAUGAUCUUGAAACGUAUACUUCAUGGUUGGACGGACGAAGAAUGUGUGAAAAUUCUUAAGAACUGUUGGAAGUCACUACCGGACAACGGUAAAGUUGUUGUCAUAGAACGAGUCACUCCAGAUGAAGCUGAGAAUGGGGACAUUAAUGCAAAUAUUGCCUUUGAUAUGGAUAUGUUGAUGCUCACCCAAUGUUCCGGUGGAAAAGAAAGAUCACGAGCCGAGUUUGAAGCUUUGGCUGCAGCUUCUGGCUUCACCCAUUGCAAAGUUGUUUGUCAGGCUUAUAAUUGCUGAAUUAUUGAGUUUUGUAAAUACAAUGUAUCCCUUAUAUACUAAAGCGCAAGUCGCAUGCCCAAUAAA